GGAGCGACUUUGGUGUGUCUGCCGCGUCUGUCUCCCAAGGUCCCCCAUCCAAGCUCGUCAGACAGACAGUAGCUGCGAUGUGAUGGCGUCGUUCUGAAAGUAGACGAACCACAGAGAAGUCACCUUGCGUCCUGCUAUGGACGUUGCUGGCGGUGGCUGUGAGACUGGAUUUAUCAACAGUCAACCUUCCAUGGCUGAAUUUAUGACCGCGCUGCCCCACAUCAAUGAAACGUUCCGCUCGACGCCAUCAAUCAACGGCGGCCUGGUGUCGGCGCCGUCCUCCAUGUGCCAAGCCGAUACGACUGGCGGUACGGCCAGAGGUCUGCCCGGUGCGGUGGCAACCGUACAUUGCACACCUCAGCCAAGUUCGCCGUCGUCCAAACACCCAACAGGCGACAUCGGUGGCGGAAAUGUCCCGGAAUAUCCUUGGAUGAAAGAGAAGAAGACGACCAGAAAACCACACCAAGCUGAAAAUCCAGAUAAUGGGAUGCCUCGUCGACUCCGUACAGCCUACACUAAUACUCAGUUAUUGGAACUGGAGAAAGAAUUCCAUUUCAACAAAUAUCUGUGCCGUCCCCGUCGCAUUGAAAUUGCUGCAUCUUUGGAUUUGACAGAACGCCAAGUAAAGGUGUGGUUUCAGAAUAGAAGAAUGAAACAUAAACGACAAUCUAUGAUGAAUAAAAACGGUGAAGAUAAAAGUGACAAUGAGAGUAAUGAAGCGGCGACAGAAGGAACGGGUGACCAGUCUUCCGAAAUCAAAGACGUAGCUGAUGAACGUUCAAGGACUCCAACAAUCCAAACCGAUAGUCCUCGAACAGAAGGUUCUCGAGACCAAAAAAUUGGGAUUGUUAAUAACGAAGACAGUAUCGGAGGAAGAUCUUCGGUGAAUUCUUUGGAAGGGGGUGGUUUGUUAAGUUCUUCGGAUACAGAAACACAUCGCCCUUCACCAACUGUUUCUCGUCCUAAUCCCUGUGAAAGAGGUGCAAGUCCUUGUGAAGUAGCGAAGUCUCCAGAAACCACUACAACACAAUAUAGGUCACAUACUCAUUACACGGCUAGACAAAAGAACCCAACUGUGAACGGUAAUACAAGAAAUCAGUGUCAUUACGGCACUCCACCGCCUGGAGGUUUAGCGAACAAAACCUGCAAUGUAGACCCUGUAUAUUGCCGCCAGGUUACUAAUGCAGCCUCUGCAACCACCUGGCAACUACCUCCCUCACAUCCUUCUGCCAUGCCGCCCACUGUAAAUUCUCAUCGGCCACAUUUACGUCAUUUUUCGGAAACUCCUUAUUCGACCGAUUCCAUGACACCGAAUGCCAUCAACGGCUAUCCGCAAUUAACGCAAAGAGGUACUUCACCUAAUGUAUGUCCUCCGUUUUGUUACAGGACACCUCCUCCACCUCAACAUCAACAACAUCAAACACACCAUACGAUGGCCGAAGGUUAUUGUAAUCCCAUUCCACCUCAAAACGGUACUUAUCGUCCAACGAGACCGGGAAUGUAUUUUACACCGAGCAACGAGCAGAACCACCGGAUUCAAUCUAACGGAUGCAUACAAUCUCAUUCUUGCCCUCCUCAGGGUCCUCCUACUAUAUCACCCUCUCGCAACCCUAUGGAAGACGAUUAUACUGUUCAUAAUUCACAAAGGACAAUGGUACCGUCAAGACAGUACGGUUAUCCUAAUACUAUUGACCAAUCUGUUUCUCCACACUUCAUGAACGACUACAGAGGACCAGAUCCUAUAUCCGAUUAUUCUUCAGACAGGGCAUGCUAUAAUGGUUACGAGAAUAAUGAGCAACAACAACAAUAUAUGAAUAACGGAUAUAAUUAUACAAAUUAUAAUGAAACAGACGAAUCGAUGCUUUCUCCCUCCAAUAGCGGAGCUGUAUAUUAUGAUUUGAAUGGGUGUAGAACAACUGAUUACAAAAGUAAUGAUACUUAUAACGAUCCAUCAAGAAAUGGUCAACAACAAGAUUCUUCGAAUAUACAAACAUUUGAUAACAGUCCGGGCCAUCAAGAACAUUACAACAUUCAGCAAUGCACAACUACAGAUUCCGAACUUACUUAUAACACCAAUGAUGGUUAUGGAGGUUAUUACGAUGGAGGAGCUAAUAGUGGGAGCGAUUUCAACUUUCUUACAUUGGCAAAUGAAUAUUCCUCCACACCAGAAUAUUAUCAAUUAAGCUGAUUAGAGAAUUGCUAUUGAAAGAUGUCCUAAGUGCAAUAUACGAAAGAAACUGUUUAAUGUCAACGUAAAUAGAUCAUAGAGAUAAAAAAUUUCAGUAAGCUAAAUUUCAGUUCUAUAAUAUACAAUCUCCUUUCUUUUGGCUUUUAAGUUUUUGCUUAUUGUUUAUGUUAAUGUGUCUGGUGUCGCUUUGUCCCUGUUAUGAGAAUUAGAACGCGUAAACCUAUUUCAAAAAGUUGAAAAUAUUUCAUUCAAUUAUAAAUAAAUUAAUAAAAUUAAAUUAUUUAAAU